AUGACGUCGGUGAAGUCGAUGAAAUCGAUCACGACGACCACCGACGAGCCGCCGUUGAGUCAGAGCUGCUGCGAGCAAUAUCUGUUCCUCUUGGAACUCUACGUAUGUCAGAUCAAGAGCAACAGGCUCGCGAAGCUCAACCAGUGCUUUUGCGUGCCUACCACCGUCGAGUUCUCGUUCCUCAAGUUCAAAAAGGACAAGAGCCUGCGACUGACGCCCGUGGACCCGAUGUUCGAGCCGCUGUCGGCGUUCGCCGAGGAUGCCGAGCCGUUCUACGCGGGCAAGAGCGUGCUCUUCGCGCUGGACAGCGGCGUCGUGGCGAGCGCCUACGGCAGCGACUUUGUCAUCAGGCUGGACGUGCAGAAGAAGAUGCCCGACAACGUCAAGCCCGACGUGUGGGUCGGCAAGGCCGAGAUCGACAUGAGCCUGCACUUCGCCGCUCUCAGUAAGGAGAUCAUCGACAGCUUCAAGUACACGGCGGCUGAGAUUCCGAGUCCGUCCAAGACCUUCGACGGCGAGGUGCCGCUGAGCUGGUGCGGCGAGGACUGCGGCAGCAUCGACGUGUACGCUCGCAUAUCCGGCUACGGCCAGACGGUGGUAACGGAAUUCGGGGCGCCGCGGCUGGACGCCUCGGUCUCGAGCUUCCUCUUCGCGGCCGACGACUGCGGGAACCGCGUGCCGCGAUACAAGUGCCACGUUCUCGAUCCCGACGCUUGUCGACUGUCCGACGUCUCGUCCAGCCAGGAGUGCAAGGUGUGCAAGCCGCCCAAGCUGCCGUGCGCGCCGUGUCGGGUCGGUUCCGGCGCCAUAGUCGCUGUCGGCAAGGCCGCGAAGAGGGAGGCUCCUCCGCCGGCUGCCGCGUCGGCCUACACCAAGACCAUUUGCAGUCCCAUUCAGACGAGCAGGGGACCCAAGGAGCCGUGCGGCAAGGCCGUGGUGUUAAAGGUCUCCGGUCUUCUGAACAAUGCCUGCAGCGACGAUCCGUGCAAGCCGUCGGAGCCUCGCGUGACCGUAGCCCCGGAAAGCGAAGCGCUAAACCCCGCUGACUUGAACAGCGACCCCGACCAUGACGUGUUCAUUCUGCGCAUUGGCAAGAAAGGCCUGGUGGGGGCGGACGAGAAGUCGGACAUCCAGCUGGAGAUGCGAACCCCCAAGGGGCCCGAACGCCGACCGCCCGUGAGACUCGAGACAAGAGAGAUGCAAACCGAGGAGGACAGCGGCAAGAAAGGCGCGGCUGGCAAGGGCAAGAAGAAGAAGUGA